AUGGCUGACGAUCUUCCGUCUAUAUCAAGUAUUGAAUUUUCUGAAAUCAGUUCAUUCACAACCGACCAACCUCAAAAUGGUCUUAACAGGGUAGAUGUAAGCGCGAUGAUCGACGCGCGUCUUGAAUCAAUGAAGAUCACAUACGAAAUGAAGCAUGAAAUUGAUAAGCUCGCAAAAAGAUUCAUAGCAAUUGAGGAUGAAAAUACAAGUUUGAAGAAAAUAGUUGAGGAGCAACAAGUUAAGAUCAACGAGAUGUCAGAUCAGUUUGAUGAAUUAAAAACUCUUAAACUGGAAAAAACGGAACGAUUUGGAGUUGCAAGAUUCAACUAUAAAGCGGCAAACGAUGACGAGCUUAGUUUUGAGCCCUUCCAGUUCUUUUAUGAUCUAAAACCCCUGGAAGACGGAUGGUGCAAUGCGAAAAUGAGAGAUCAUAAAACAGGCGAGGAAAAAAAAGGUGCAAUCCCAGAAAAUUUCCUUGAUAUUCUCUACAAAAAACGAGAAGAACCGAAUAAAUGA